AUGGAGAACACUAUUGCAAGAAUGAAGCAGAUGACUCUCACCGCCACUCGCAUUGUGCACCCUAAUGAUACUUUUGAUCGGAAGUAUGAGCGUCAUUCUAAAGAGGAAGAAGGAGGACCAGAGGCCUUCCCAGAAGAAGGAAUCAACAUCAAUAUUAUGGACUUUAGAGCCUUUAGACUCUUUCACGAUUGGGACGUAUGGGGUGACAGCACAUCUUACCCUGAGAUUGAAGCAACUGCAGUCUUUGAUUCCCAUCUUCCUGAGUCUAUUGUUGAGUUGGAUGACGACUCUUCAUUCAGACAGUUGAUGCCCUUCCGUGGACGCCUUCAAUGGGUGCUCAUUGGUUCGGACAUGGAAAAGUUGAUCUUCUUCAUGUAUACUGACUACAAGGGUCUCUCCUAUGUGGAGCCACCAGUUGACUACAAACGCGGUGGAGAUGUGGGACAUUUCUUCUUGCUGGGAACUCCUGAAGGCAAGGUUCACUUGUUCGAUACUGUUAAGGACCGUUCAUGUGCUCAUUCAUACAUAGGCCACAGCAAGGCAGUGCGUGACGUUCAGUUCUCGCACGAUGGCAAGCAAUUUUUGAGUGCAUCAUUCGACAAUCGUGUUCUUCACUGGGAUACAGAGUAUGGAAAAGUAGCUGCUUCCUUCGGACUCAAGCGCAUUCCCCUCACACUCAAGUUUCAUCCAUCAGAGCAUUACCCACAUGUUUUCUUCUGUGGAACCAACCAGAAGAAGAUCUUCCAGUUCGAUCUGCGCACUGGCCAAAAGACAAUGGAGUAUACCCAACAUUUGGGUGCAGUCAACACGCUAACUUUCAUUGAGGAAAACAAGUUCGUCAGCAGUUCUGACGACAAGAAGCUGUUCAUCUGGGAGUAUGGUGUGCCUGUGGUGACGAGACACGUCUCAUAA